AUGUCUUGUUUUUCAAAACUAUCAAGCUACCUUUGCAUUUUAUCGUUAAUUACGAAGGAAGCAGGCGAUGGCAUUAACAAAUCAACUGUAAAGUCGAACAUGUUGAUUUUAACAGAGAUAAUAUUUUUGUGUGAAAUAUUUUCUUGCUUGAAUUAUGUCAGUUGCGACUGUGUAAUUUCUACAAAUCGUGAUCUCACCGAACUGCAACCGCUCCUCUUGAAACCCGGCACUUGGUCCACGUUCGGUAAUGAUCCCUACUACCUACCCUCAAACCGUGAGGGCGAAAUAAUCUUUAAACCUGGCGACGAAAUAAUACUUCACUGUCCUGGUACCACGAUCCGUGCAGACGGCGUUACAAUCAACUCCGGCAUCCUUACAAUCUCCUGUGAUUCCCAUAAAACUUUCAAAAUUCACCCCGAAGGCAACAUACUCCCUUUUAAACUAAUUGAAUGUACCACGCCAGCGAAACACAUCGUUCGUCGAACAGAAGAAAAGUGCAAUACAAACAACGACCUCCUAGAAAUUGGUUUCCCUUUAAACGAUGGCAGAUUCAUAACGCAAAUCUCCGUCUGUUUUGAUUCCGAACAGAAACGUACAUUCUAUACCAAAUUCCAGAUGACCUCUAGCAUAGAAGGCUUUCAAACUCAUGUCGCUCGUCAGAUGUUCAACGAAGGCGGAAGUUUCUUCAAUCUAGGGGUACCUGUUGAGCAAUGUUACUAUAUCCCGAAGCAGAGGCACACCAUCAAUCGCCAGUUGAAUCUUGCGGAAAAUUCUAUACAAUAUAUUGACAAAGGUACAACUAUUUUUACACGCGGACAUUUGGCUGCAAAAGGUGAUUUCGUGUUUGGCCCGCAACAGACGGCGACGUUUUACUGGGUAAACGCCGCGCCACAAUGGGCACGAUUAAACAACGAUAACUGGAACGAGCUGGAGAAGAGUCUGAGACAAUAUGCGAGUAAUAUUCAUAGUGAUUUUCUAGUUUACACCGGUACACAUGAAAUUGCUCAUGUGGGCAAUGUGGACCUGUUCUUGCAUUGUGAUUCAGUUAAUCACAUCCCUGUGCCGAAAUAUUUCUGGAAGGUGGUGUACGAACCGCAGUCCCAGGCGGGUGUAGCGUUUAUUGGAUUGAACAAUCCGUUCGACCACAGUGAACAAACAUUCUGUAAAGAUGUUUGCGAUCAAUUGCGAUGGCAGAUAACGUGGGAGAGGAAAAAUCGUAAUUUAGGAUUCUCGUUUUGUUGUGAAGUCGACGAUUUUCGACGAACUAUUGAAUUUCCUAGAUUUACAACAAAAGGUCUAUUAAGUAGACGUGAUUAUUAAUACUUAUUAUAGUAAUGAAAUAAAAUUAAAUUAAAAUACUUUUAAAACA